AUGUCUCAUCAAAUCCUUUCUUUGACCGGAAUUUCAUUCGAGAGAAAAAGUAUAAUUGGAUUCACUGAAUUGACCAUCGUUCCAAUACGAGAAACGUUGAAAUACAUCAAAUUAAAUGCCAAACAGUGUCGAAUUUAUAAAGUCAUCUUGAAUGAUACUUACGAAGCACAAUUCCACUAUUUUGAUCCUUUUAUUGAUAUAUGUCAAGCUGAUCCCAACACACGAUCACUAGAACAAUUUUCGAAACAUCAUUUAAACGCCGCUCAACAAGUUGAUCCUGAUUUAAAUGCUGGUGAAGUCAUCGUUGUCAUUCCAUUGGAAGCUAAUCACUUAAUAGGAGAAGGUCGAGGCUUACGUGUUGGAAUAGAAUUUUCUUUGGAAGAUCCUAUUGGCGGCAUUCAUUUUGUUAUUCCAGACGAUGGAACGGAGAAUCCAAACGCAAUGUACGAUCUCGGCGCUCAUAUGUUCACUUAUGGACACGAAAAUUCAUCUCGUCUCUGGUUCCCCUGUGUUGAUAGCUACGCAGAACCAUGCACAUGGAAGCUUGAAUUUACUGUUGAUGAGAAAAUGACGGCAGUUUCAUGUGGUGAACUAAUAGAGACAGUAAUGACGCCUGAUCUUCGUCGUAAAACUUUCCAUUAUGUUCUCAACACUCCCAUUUGUUCACCUAACAUUGCGCUUGCCGUUGGUCCAUUUGAAAUUUAUGUCGAUCCACAUAUGCAUGAAGUGACGCAUUUCUGUCUGCCGCAUCUUCUUCCGCUUCUUAAGAACACUGUGCGAUACAUGCACGAAGCAUUUGAAUUCUUUGAAGAAGUUCUAGCAUCGCGAUAUCCAUUUUCAUGUUAUAAACAAGUUUUUGUUGAUGAAUUAGAAGGACAAUCGCAUGCUUAUGCAACGAUGUCUGUUCUAAGCACGAAUUUGUUGCAUUCGAUUGCAAUAAUUGAUCAAACUUUUGUAUCGAGGACGAUCAUGUCAAAAGCGAUUGCUGAACAAUUCUUUGGAUGUUUCAUUACAAUGAAGAACUGGAACGAUGUGUGGUUGGCUCGAGGCAUUGCUGAAUAUCUCAAUGGAUUUUAUAAUAAAAAAUGUUUCGGCAACAAUGCUUAUCGUGCUUGGGUGCGACGAGAACUUUCCGAAGUUGUUCAGUAUGAAGAACGAUAUGGUGGAAUAAUUUUAGAUCCAAGUCAACCGCCUGCACCUCUUCCAGUUGCAAAUCAAUCGACGAAAGUUGUAGAAAUACAAAAAGUUGAAAACGUUCAUUACUUUCCCAUUAAAAAUCUUCACACAAUGUCACCAAAAUAUGUGGAAAUGAUGCGAAAGAAAGCUCAUCUGGUUAUAAGAAUGUUGGAACAUCGCAUUGGUCAAGAACUUUUAUUACAAGUGUUUAACAAACAAUUGGCUCUAGCAACGAAUGCAGCAACGACAAAGAUCAGCAGCGGCCUUUGGCAUCAACUUUUGAUAUCGACAAAUGUUUUUACAAAAGCAAUUUUUACCGUCACUGGUAAAGACAUGGCAGUGUUCAUUGAUCAAUGGGUACGCACGGGAGGCCACGCUAAAUUCUCAUUGAAUUCAGUUUUCAAUCGUAAACGAAACACAAUCGAAUUGGAAAUAAGACAAGAGUCAGUUAAUCAGAAAGGUGUGAGGAAAUAUGUUGGACCGUUACUUGUGCAACUUCAAGAGCUUGACGGCACUUUUAAGCACACACUUCAGAUUGAAAAUACGGUCGUUAAAGCUGACAUUACAUGUCACAGCAAGUCACGUCGUAAUAAGAAGAAAAAGAUUCCAUUAUGCACCGGAGAAGAAGUUGACAUGGAUUUGUCAGUCAUGGAUGAAUCUCCAGUUUUGUGGAUUCGAUUGGAUCCUGAAAUGACUUUGAUGCGUCAUGUCAAUUGUGAACAGCCAGACUUUCAAUGGCAAUUUCAACUCAGACACGAACGUGAUGUAACAGCCCAACUUGAUGCAAUUGUUGCAUUGGAAAAUUAUGCAACAGCAGCAACGCGCGUUGCACUCACGGAUGUCAUUGAGAGUGAAAAUUGUUUCUACGAAGUUCGAUGUGAAGCUGCAAAAUGUUUAACCAAAGUUGCCAAUGCAAUGCCACAAUGGCAAGGACCACCAGCAAUGCUGACAAUCUUUCGAAAGCUUUUUGGCUCUUUCUCAGCAUCGCACAUUGUGCGACAAAAUAAUUUCGAUAAUUUUCAACAUUAUUUCCUUCAAAAAACGAUUCCUGUGGCAAUGGCGGGUUUGAGAUCAGCUCACGGCAUUUGCCCACCAGAAAUUAUGAGAUUCCUUCUUGGACUUUUCAAAUAUAAUGACAACAUUAAGAAUCAUUAUUCAGAUGUUUAUUAUCGAUCAGCGUUAGUUGAUGCACUUGGAAAUUCAAUCACGCCUGUAAUUUCUGUCAUUCAACAAGGAGCUAAAAUUACAUCCGAAAACUUAACAGCAGACGCUAAACUUGUACUUGAAGAAGUUACAAGAAUUUUAAAUCUUGAGAAACAUUUGCCGUCUUAUAAAUUCAGAGUGUCUGUGUCAUGCCUCAAGGUGAUAAGAAGGCUACAAAAAUGUGGUCAUCUUCCACCAAGUUCAAAGAUUUAUCGAAGUUAUGCUGAAUAUGGUCAAUACAUUGAUGUUCGACUUGCUGCAAUGGAAUGUCUGGUAGAUUAUUUGAAAGUUGAUGGGCGAUGGGACGAUAUGGAACAUUUGUUGAAGAUACUUGAGAAUGAUCCCGACCCAGAAGCGCGUCAUCAACUUGCCAGACUGAUGAUUGAGAGCCCAGCAUUUGAAAGAAAUCGAGCACAUCGAUUGAAUCGAAAAGAUUUAAGAGAACGUCUUUGGAAGAAUAUGAAUUCAAAUCUUUCUCACGAUACAAGACUUCGAUGUGACAUUGUGGAUUUGUAUUAUGCUUUCUAUGGAACGAAAGAGCCUUCCGCGUUUAAAGACCCCGAGCUUGAAGCUCUUUAUCAACCACAGAAAGUUGAAGCUGAACAAAGAAGUGACAAUGAAAUGAAGAUUGAAUUAGAUGAUCAAAUGGUGGAUGUGAAAGACAUCAUUCCGGGACCAAGCAUUGAAGGUGACUUUAAAUCAAUUGAAAUUGAAACAGAAACUGUCGAAGAUCAUUCUGUGAUGAAGCCAAUGUUUGAUGACGAAGAUGUUCUGACUAUUGAAACUCAAGGAGAUGAAUUGAUAAUGAAAAUAGAAGCAGAAGAUUUUCAAAUCAUUGAACAAAAGCCUCUUGAUGCCGUUAAAAAGACUCAUAAGAUGGAAGAUGUAACUGACAGUUCAACAAAGAAAAAAAUCAAAUUAGAUUAUACUUCGGACAACUCACAGUCUCAAGCAAGCAUCGGCGAUGUUCCAGUUGAAGGUGAAGUUAAAGAACAUGGAGCAAAGAAAAAGAAAAAGAAGGAAAAGAAGAAGCAUAAGAAACACAAACAUCGAAAAGACAAGAAGAAAGAGAAACAUAAUCCUGAAAUAAUAAAGCAACGUGAAGAAGUUGAGACGCUUUCAAGUGGUGAGAGCUCGAGAUCGUCACAAAACAGUCCAACACUUGAUAUGACGAAUUAAGUAAUUUUUUUAAUUAAUUAAUAAAUCAAAAAAUUCACUAAAUUA